UACCAAUCCAGGUAAUAAUGAGGGGAGAUAAGUCUGUGAAAAAUUUCAUUGAGAAUUUAAAGAAAGGGAAGACAACCAUGUAUCAUGCCUCUGGAAUGAUAAUAGGGUGUGCUGGUAGUGGGAAAACAACAUUGUUAGAGAGACUGAAGGGCAUUGACCUGGAAGAAAUAAAGAAAAAUAUCAGUUCAACCAGAGGAGUGGAUAUCCACACAGAUGUCUUUGAUGUGACCGAAAGCAUCCAAGUUAAUUCUUCAAGCCAACAACAACGCUUUAAACUUAGACUUGAGACAAAACAUCUGAAACAGAGUGUUCCCGAAUAUCCAGAGAAUGCAGCUGAUGAUGAGGAAACGCAGGGAAAGGAGAAACCAGUUGAUGAUGAGGGGAAUACGUCAGAAGCAUCAAACAGUGGACACAUAUCACAUGAUGAUAUCAACAUUAAAACCACCUCAUCCCAUGAACCAGAAGGGGCCAAAUCACCAGAAAAUGUAGAGGAAAUUGUGAAUGAAAAUCAAGAUGUUCCCUAUCGAUCAGAAAUCUCGGGAAAUUUGCAAAUUGAGGCAAAAAACAUUUCAGAUCCAGACAAGAGAAUCACCAUGACUGACUUUGCAGGACAGUGUGCCUAUUAUGCAUCACACCAGAUUUUUCUGAGUCCAAGGGCAUUCUUCAUUCUGGUGCUGAAUAUGGAGAAGAAGUUUGAUGAUAAGGUUGGAGAAGAAGUGUGUUGUCAGGAAGGCUCCGUUUACGGGGGAUGGACACACAGAGAUUAUCUUGAGUUCUGGAUGAAGUCCAUUCAUCAGUACAGCAGUGAUAAGGCCCCUGUCAUCCUGGUUGGUACACAUAGUGAGAACAAAACAGAAAAGGAAAAGGAAUUGUUUUUCCGUGAAGUGUGGAAGACUCUUGACAUGAAGAAAAAGUCUUUGCAAAAACAUAUUGAUGUGAAGCGGCGAUUUGAGGUUGGUUUCCAUGAUAACGAAGGCAUUGAAAAACUCAAGCUGUCCAUUGCUGAUGUCGUGUGCAGGCUUGAUCAGUGGGGUGAAGAGCUUCCACAGUCAUGGGCUAUGUUUGAAACAUUCUUUCGGGAAAAGAAAAUUCACAAGAUCUUGAGUAGGGGUGACCUUGUGUCGUUCAAUGAAACAUUACCAGAAGGAAUAAAGCUCCAAAAUACUGAAGAUAUGAGUGCCAUGCUACAGUUCUUCCAUGACAUAAGAGAAAUUAUACAUUUCAGCCAACAAUUUCUCAAUGAAAGUAUUAUUCUUGAUGUUCAGUGGUUUGCAGAUGCAUUUAAAAAUGUAAUAACAGACAAAAACCAUGCAAAAGAGGAUUUAUUUGAAUUUGCCUCUGAAUGGGACAAAUUCAAUGAAACUGGAGAGUUGGAUGAAACUCUACUAUCUGCUAUAUGGAUAAUGAACAACAAUGGUUACAUUGAGCAUAAAGAAGACAUCUUAAUGUACAUGGAGAAGUUAGGACUCUUAGCUAAAAUUGGUGACAAAAAAUUGUUUGUCCCCUGCAUGAACAAGCUGCAAUUUCCAGCAGAUUGUUUUUCAUUAUACCCUGCCUCCUCCAUCCUCUGCUACACGUUUGAUGUUCUUCCUGCUGGAAUUUUCCAUCGUCUUGUAGCAACUUGCAUGCAGAUUCCUUGGGAGAUUUUUUCAGAUGAGGACCGAGGAUGUGUUUACCAGACGGCGGCGAUUUUUGAGUUUGAAGACCAGCACCAUACUAUUAUGCUUGGAAUGACUCAAACAGAUAUUCAGUUGCAAGUGUUUGUUUUGGAAGGAGAAGUUGAUGUUACAACGUGUCACCAGAUUAGAGCAAAAAUUGAGAGUAUUUUGCAAAAUCUUUCAAACACAUUUGAGAAAAACAACAAAUUUCAGGUUGCUUUCAAAUGCAAACCUGUGGGAUUUUGUGACAGCAAAUACAGUGCUGUCAUAGAUGAAUCUAAGUUUACAAAAGCGACUUUUAAUUGUCCGUCCUGCCCAGCAGUGGGAAAACAUGUGAUAAACUCCAGCACUAUAACAAAAUAUUGGAGACAGAUACAGCAGAGUAAUCCUAGCACUUCGGCGGGCUCUGCACAAGACCUUGGGGGCCGAUCUAGAUUUGCGAAACUUGGAAUGGCAACAAACGAUGUGUUAAAUCAGGCAUACAGAGACAUACUGGAGAUGGAGGUUCCCCCUUCCCUUAUAUAUAACAAAGUGAAAGCAUCACCAAAUUUUCACAAAAAAUUGCGUCUGGAACAAGAACAACUCUUGAUAGAUGCCAAUCAUUUGGGAUAUAAGAAUUUUGAUAUAUCAUUAACAUACACAUUGAUCAGAAAUAUUUGUAAAAAGAUUCCUUUGCCAACCAAAGGAAAAUGGGGAGAAAAGCCUGCAGCAGGAGAGGAAACAGUUGGUGAUGAUAUUGAGAGAAUUAGGUCAAUCCGAAACGGUUUGACUGCUCAUGUGAGUUCAGCCUCAACCCCUCAGACAGAAUUCGAUGACACCUGGUCAUUGAUGUCAGAUAUCUGCCAAAGAUUGGAAACCUUCACAGUAAAGAAGUACUUGGACAACCUGAAUGAAAUAAAGAAACUGACCUUAAGAAAGGAAACUGAAGAUGCUGUAAUAGAAAAGAUCAAAAUGGAAGAUCAGCAUGAAAUGGUGAAAGAAAUGUUGUCAGAUAUGAAAGUGGUGAAAGCAGCGGUAGAGAGGCUUGAAAUGAAGCAUGCGUCGAAUUAAGA